GACAAUCAUACAUAAAUCACCAUAUAUACAUAUAUAUACGGAUCUAGAUUUGGAUCAGGAUCUGGAUCUGGAUCAAGAACUGAAUAUUCAUUUUUAAACAAACUACAAAGUAUAUUUCGAUGUUGUUGAUUAGUGUCUAUUCUUACCUUUAAUAUCAUCAUAUGUUUAAAGAAAAUUAAUUCUAUAUCGAAAUAUAAAACAACGAACAACCAACAACAACUAACAACAACAACAAAAAGAAAAAAAAGAAAAAAAACAGAGAAAAAAAAUGAAAAAAUUAUUUUAUUUUAUCUUGACAGUUUUCUUUUUACAUUUAUUUCUCAUUGAAAAAUCUAUAGAAAUUCAUUUGAAUAAUACAACACAAAGUUUAUUAUCAUUCAAUACAGAUUAUGUAACUAUGAUGGAUUAUCCAAUACGUAUGUGUGGUAAUGAAUUUUUAAAAAAUCUUAAACGUGUUUGUUCUAUACGUGGAAUAUAUACACCAAUUAAUCGUUUAAAAAGAUCAUCGUCCUCCUCCUCCUCCUCAUCCUCAUCAUCAGAACAGUAUUCUAAUUUAGAAAGAAUAUUACAACGACAAAAACGUUUUGAUGAUUUAUGUACAUUAUAUACCAUUUAUGAACCAGAUCAAGUUGUAACACAAUGUUGUUGUAUUGGUUGUAAUCGUAAAUAUUUAGAACGAUUCUGUAAUCCAAAUUAAAAAUAUUUUUUUUGUUUUUUUUUCCAAGAAAAAAUUUGUCUAUUCUAU